AUGGAGUCGAGAGGCUCGUCAGGUGUCUACCUUUUAACUUCUGCGGCGGCCAGGCUGUGGCGGGUGUUGGCGAGGGCGUGCGACUGCGGCGGACAUCGACACUCGUUGGCGAGGGCUGGUGCGCGUAGCAGGACAUCCGGCGAUGGCGACGGCGAUUUUGUGGCGAACGGACCUGGCUCAUCAGCGGCAACAGGGCGGCGUGUGGCCGGACGAGCGUCCAAGGCGCUGGCCCCGACGAGGAGCGACGUAUCGCAGCAACCACCACUGCACCCGUCCAGGGUGCGCCAGCUUUCGUCGUGGCAAGCAGCGGCAGGAGCUGCUGUCCUUUCUUUUUGCAGGCGUCCGUCCGAGCACGCCAGCAGCUCCUGA